ACAAGCUGCCGACCACCGAGCGCAUCGUCAAGGCUGUCCCAUUUCCUCCCACGCAGCGGCUCACUCUGAAGGAGGUGUUUGAGGAUGGGAAGCCUAGGCUUGACGUCUUGAAGAGCCACUUGGUAAAGGAAGGGCGCCUGGAAGAGGAUGCGGCGCUGAAGAUCAUCAACGAUGGGGCUGCCAUCCUUAGGCACGAGAAGACAAUGAUUGAAGUGGAGGCUCCGAUCACAGUGUGCGGUGACAUUCAUGGGCAGUUUUUUGACCUGAUGAAGUUGUUUGAAGUUGGAGGAUCACCCAAUAACACCCGCUACCUCUUCCUGGGAGACUACGUGGACAGAGGCUACUUCAGUAUAGAGUGCGUGCUGUAUUUAUGGAGUUUAAAGAUAAAUCAUCCCAAAACAUUGUUCCUCCUUCGAGGGAACCACGAGUGCAGGCACCUCACAGAAUACUUCACCUUUAAGCAGGAAUGUCGAAUCAAGUAUUCGGAGCGAGUGUAUGAUGCGUGUAUGGAUACAUUUGACUGUCUUCCUCUUGCUGCCCUCUUAAACCAGCAAUUUCUGUGUGUUCAUGGAGGACUGUCUCCAGAAAUCACGUGUCUAGAUGACAUUAGGAAAUUAGACAGGUUUAAGGAGCCUCCAGCCUUCGGUCCAAUGUGUGACCUGCUCUGGUCCGAUCCAUCAGAGGAUUAUGGCAAUGAGAAAACGCUGGAGCAUUUUGCCCACAACACUGUUCGAGGCUGCUCCUAUUUCUACAGUUAUCCUGCAGUUUGUGAAUUUUUGCAGAACAAUAGUUUGUUAUCUGUAAUCCGAGCUCACGAGGCCCAGGAUGCUGGGUACCGAAUGUACAGGAAGAGCCAGACAACAGGCUUUCCGUCAUUAAUCACAAUCUUCUCUGCACCAAAUUACCUAGAUGUCUAUAACAACAAGGCUGCUGUACUGAAAUAUGAAAACAAUGUCAUGAACAUCAGGCAGUUCAACUGUUCCCCUCAUCCGUACUGGCUUCCAAACUUCAUGGAUGUCUUCACAUGGUCUUUGCCUUUUGUAGGGGAAAAGGUCACAGAAAUGCUCGUUAACAUCCUCAACAUAUGCUCCGAUGAUGAGUUGAUUUCAGAUGGUGAUGAGACAUUGGAAGGUGGGACAACAGUCCGUAAGGAGAUCAUCAGGAAUAAGAUUAGAGCCAUUGGGAAGAUGGCACGUGUCUUCUCGGUUCUUCGAGAGGAGAGCGAGAGCGUGCUGACUCUCAAAGGCCUGACUCCCACAGGUACACUGCCCCUGGGAGUGCUCUCAGGGGGGAGGCAGACCCUACAGACUGCCACAGUAGAAGCGGUAGAGGCACGGGAAGGUAUGGCUAGAAUCCGGCGAGAGACUCAAAUCAUCUCUGUGUCCAUUCGUGGAUUUUCACCGCAGCACAAGAUCCGCAGCUUCGAAGAAGCCAGAGGGCUGGAUCGCAUUAACGAACGCAUGCCGCCACGCAAAGAUUCAAUGCACUCAGACGGGCCGGUGAACUUGGUAACCUCAACAAACUCUGCGGACAAGAAUGGCACAGGGAAGAAAGCCCAGUAACGGUCCGAGCGCCCAAUCUGCACCACUAAAGGAUCCAAAACUUAAU